AUUAGGGGAAUGUCAGCAUACCGCUGUAUUGUGUAGAGUAGAAACGCAUGCGUCUGUAUUUUAUUGCGACAACAAAAAUAAUAUAAAUUGUCCAAGCCAUGUGUCUUGUGCUCUUUCUUACAAAAUGUAAUAAAUCCACAGUAAAGAAAUGUCUAAAAAAACACACUAGUGAAUAAACCACUCUGGGUCCAAGGAAUUGUAGAAGAAAUCUAGUAUGUGGAGUGCCGUAGUGCCUGCCGAUGUUGAAAGUCCAGCUCCUUCGGCACGGUCUAAACACAGUGCUACCAUAGUUGGGGAAAAUAUUUACCUCUUAGGCGGGCGAAAUGGUAAUUUACCCAUGAAAGAUUUCUGGAGAUAUAAUCUGAUAACCGGCAAAUGGCACUUACUGAAAUCCACCGGUGACAGACUUCCAGCAUUGCAAGAACACUCAACUGUUGCGUAUAGAAAUUGUCUUUACGUGUUCGGAGGCGAAGUCGGCUUUUCAGCGGGAACUGAAACUCCUCUGUGGUGCUAUGACAUCAAAACCAACAACUGGAAGAAAAUCAGAAACAAAAAAGGCGUCAUGACGCCAAAAGGCCGUCGAGGGCACACAGCUUUAGUCCAUCGCGACCAAAUGCUUCUAUAUGGAGGCUAUCAGGACCUACGAGGGUCCUGUAGUGAAUUGUGGGCUUUCCAUUUUGAAACUGAGUCUUGGCACUUAUUAUCGACCACACCAAAGAAUGCCAACAUCGAGUCGCUUCCACCCCCGCGUCAUAAACACUCGGCUGUUAUUCAUGAUGAUUCCAUGUGGGUGUAUGGCGGAAUGACUGACUUACAGGAAAGAGGAGAUUUGUGGAAGUGGGAUACGCAUUCCAAGUCUUGGACUUUUAUUAAAACUAAGAUCAAUCCGGGGCCCUUGCACAGUCAUGCCGUCUGUAAGCUUCCGUCUUCGAUGCUGCUCUUUGGAGGGGAAAGAGGUGGACACCCUACAAAUGAAUUGUGGAAAUUCAGUUUUGCAACCGAAACUUGGGAAAAAAUCAUCACAUCUGGUGCCAAGCCGCAACCGCGGUCCGAAAGCGUUGCCUUCUCCGUCUCGGAUUUCUCCGUAAACGAAUCCGCCGUCACCGAGAAAGCCGUCCGUCUCCGUUCCCGGACUUGCAUCUCCGCCGACCGCACCAAUCGCCACUCGUCCUACCUCCCCAACAACCGGAUCGCCCCCUACGAGAAAACCUACAUUUUUCGCCCUUCUCACACCAACUACACCGACGGCAGCGAUCCCACUCACACCAUCGAAGAGAAAAAGAGCUUCUUGCAAGAAAUCUCCAAAAUCUCCCAAAUUUCCAAAAUCAACAAAUGCAGCUACACCGUAUUGACCGGCUGCACGACGGACAGCACCGAGAGCCUCCUCAAACAGCACGCAAGCCCGCAUUUCGACGAAACCGAAGCAAUUCCUUCCAAAAACGCAAUGGUCAAGUCAAAAUCCGCGUACGUGAUCAAGAAGAAAGUCCAAGUGGAGAGCGAGACGAUAACGCGAGAGCCGAUUUCAGUACCAAAUUUCUCGGUUUUGACUCUGCCAACUCCAGUUCUGACACCAGUCGAAGCGGCGAAAUUGGUGUAUUUGGACACCGAUGAUGAAAAUGAGAUUCUAAACGAAAAGUGCGAGUUUGAUAAACCUGUUCUGAAUCCCCCUAAAAGAGGCGAAAGCUACAGCUCGCACCUGGGCUACGCCGACAACCCUCUCUACCAACACAUGAUGAAACUGAGCGAAAAAGAGAACAUUUCGUCCACUUCCGACUAUGCCAGCAUUGAGACAAUGAACCGACUCUCCUCAGCCAGUAAUUACAGCGUCAAGACUAACACAGCACCAGAAGAGCCCAAAAACCUGGAAAAAGACGGCCCUUUUGGUUUUUGCAACCCCAAUUAUUUGGGACCCGACAUCAAAGCGUUACUAGAUCCAAGCGAGAAGAAGCAGAUUUCCAAGCUAUUGACCCACCCUGAAAACAAGGAUUCCGAAGAGAAUCUUUUGGAGCUGCAGGAGUACAAGAAUGCGAAAGUGUAUUUUAGGGCUUCGACGCGACUUCCAUCCGAGUCCCAUCGCAGCAAAGAGGCGAAACGAAGGGCACAUAGUGCCGGAAGGGCCGACAGCCACAAGGUUGAUAAAAACGAGGCCGAUUUUGACCGGAUUAUUGAUUUUGUUCCAUUGUAUGUCUAUGUCAUUGGAGGGAAAGAGCAUGGGCAAGUUACGAUUUUUCGGAGGCCGAUCUCGAUGUGGAAAUUAAACCUGUUCUAAUUUUUUUGCAAUAGACGUGCCAAAGUUAGAGUUCCAGGAGUUAGAUUUUCUACCUUUUCUAAUAGUUUAGUUUAGAUAGAAAUAAAAUGAGAAAUUCGUCCAAUACGUUGUGAUCAAGUUUAAUAAGAAGAGUCACUAUUUUCGGACGAAAGCCUUGUAGAUUUAGUCGAAAGUGCAAUAUAUUUUCAAAUUUCGAAUCGUAUCUAGUUUGUUUGACACAACUACGGAUAA